AGCAUGGCGGGGGGUAAGUCGGAGCGCUCGUUCGAGUACACGCCGACAUGGGUUGUGGCUGUUGUCUGCUUUGUCAUUGUAUUCAUCUCGGUCUUGGCCGAGCGUGCACUUCACCGCCUCGGAAAGUUGUUCAAGAAAAAGGAGCGAGCAUUGUUCGAGGCGCUACAGAAAGUAAAGGAAGAGCUGAUGCUUUUGGGAUUUAUCUCCCUUCUCUUGACGGUCUUUCAAGGUUUGAUAAGUAGCUUUUGCAUCCCAGAAAAUAUGGUGAACAUCAUGCUCCCGUGCAAGUUGGAAAAUCCCGAGCAUUCAACUCCCAAGCAUCAAAGAAGGCUUCUAGCUGAGGCAGCAGAUUCGAAUAAGUGUGCUUCGGGAUACACUCAGUUUCUAUCGCUCGAAGCGUUGCAUCAGUUGCAUAUAUUCAUAUUUGUUCUGGCUGUCGUGUACGUGAUCUUUUGCGCCUCGACUAUGGUUCUUGGAGGAUUCAAGAUUGGUCGAUGGGCUCAUUGGGAGCGCUCGAUUAGAAAUGAAGCAUCAAGACACCAUAGGGCCUUUGUUCCUCAUAUCGACCUUCUAAACUUCAUGUCGCGAACGGGCAACUACUGGAGAAGAUUUUCAGUUGUCAGUUGGACGGUGGCGUUCUUUAAGCAGUUUUAUGGUUCGGUGACUAGAGCAGACUACACGGCGCUUCGUGCUGCAUUCAUUCAAGAACACUGUCCAGGAAAUCGGGAUUUUGAUUUCCACAAAUACAUGCGAAGAACAUUGGAGCAAGACUUCAAGAAAAUAAUCGGAAUUAGCUGGUACUUAUGGUUGUUUGUCGUGAUGUUUUUGCUGUUAAACAUAGCUGGGUGGCACGCGUACUUCUGGCUAUCAUUUUUGCCUCUAGUACUGCUACUAAUUGUUGGAACGAAAUUGGAGCACAUAAUCACCGAACUCGCGCUAGAUGCCGAGAAAAGAGACAAUGACGCUGAAGGAACGCCACCGAUUACCUUGUCCAAUGAACGAUUUUGGUUCAGUCGACCGGCUCUCAUCUUGUACUUAAUCCAUUUUAUUCUGUUCCAAAACUCGUUCGAGAUCGCCUUCUUCUUCUGGAUUUGGAGCACUUAUGGCUUCAACUCAUGCAUCAUGGAGGGCUUGCAUUUUCUUAUUCCAAGACUUGUAGUCGGGGUCAUCGUGCAAGUACUUUGCAGCUAUAGUACCCUACCAUUGUACGCUUUAGUAACACAAAUGGGAAGCAUGUUCAAGCAAACUCUGUUCGACGAGUUUUCGCAAGGCCUCAUCUUAGAUUGGGUUAAAGCCACGAGAUCCCGAUCGACCCAUGCAUCAAUCACGGAACCAACAACUCCGGACAACGGUUUGGCUGUCCGGCCGACAGAUGAUGGUGUAAAUACAAUCGAACUUUGUCGUGGGCGGACAUCCUCCUCUUGAAAAAAGCAUCAUUCUUCGGAGAUAAGACAACAUAGCCGUAUUCAUUCUCUUAAAUGUAGAGUGAAUGUGAAGUAGGAAAAUUAUAUGAUAAACAAGAUAAUCUUUCCUAUUAUAAAUUGAUAAGUUUGUUU